GCUGCUAAAAGUAAUUCUGCAAAUAUUGUGUAAAGUUUUCAGUUAUCUAAAUCCACUCUGAUCAUGUCUCCUCUGUUAGUCAUGGCUUCCUCCAGCAGUGCCCUGUGUAAAAAUCAUCUUCAGUGCUUUAUCUGUCUGGAUGUGUUCACUGAUCCAGUCUCUACUCCAUGUGGACACAACUUUUGUAUGAUCUGUCUCAAAACGUUCUGGGACAGCAGUUCAGACUCCCAGUGUCCAGUGUGUAAGGAGGAAUUUCCUAAACGUCCUGAACUACGGGUGAAUGCGUUCAUCUCUGGAGUGGCUGCUUCAUUUAAGUCAGUUCAAAUGAAAUCCAGCAGCACUGCAGAUGAGCGUCCUUCCAAGCCUAAGAAGGUUCUGUGUGACUCCUGCACUGAGGAAAAGCUGGAGGCUGUAAUGUCCUGUCUGCACUGUGGGGUUUCUUUCUGUGACACACAUCUAAUUCUUCAUAAAACUACAACUAAACUAAUGAAGCACAAACUGAUGGAGCCUGUGGAGAACCUGGAGGACUACAUCUGCCAGAAACAUGAGAGACCCCUGGAGCUGUUCUGUAGAGAUGACCAAAUGUGUGUGUGUCAGUUCUGUACUGAGGGAGAUCACAGAACUCACAACACUGUUCCUAUGGAGGAGGAGAUUAAAGAGAGAAAGAUAAAGUUGGAAAAGACACAAGCAGAAGUUCAGCAGAUGAUCCAGGAGCGAUGGAAGAAGAUUGAGGAAAUUCAAAACUCUGUAAAAUUCAAUAAUAAAAACACAGAAAAGGAGAAAGUAGAUGUUGUGGAGAUCUUCAGUGCUCUGAUGCGCAGCAUUGAAAGAAGCCAGGUUGAGCUGCCCAAAAAGAUGGAGGAGAAGCAGGAAGUAGUAAAAAGGCAGGCUGAAGAGUUCAUUAAAGAUCUGGAGCAGGAAAUCACGGAGCUAAAGAGGAGAAACACUGAGCUGGAGCAGCUCUCACACACUGAGGAUCACAUCCACCUCCUACAGAUUUACCCGUCACUGUGCAGCCCUCCACACACCCAGGACUGGACUGAUGUCACUAUUACCUCUCAUCUGAGUGUGGAGCCUUUGGGGAGAAUAAAGAUUCAGGAAACUUUCAAUAAGAACAUAGAGAAGCUGAUUGAAAUUGAACUGAAGAGAAUUCAACAAUAUGCAGUGGAUGUGACUCUGGAUCCUGAUACAGCGAAUCCUAAACUCAUUUUGUCUAAUGAUGGGAAACAAGUUACACAUGGAGACAAGAGACAGAAUGUCCCUGAUAACCCGGAGAGGUUUGAAAUGUAUGGCCUUGUGUUGGGAAAGGAGGGAUUCUCCUCAGGGAGAUUUUACUAUGAGGUUCAGGUCAAAGCGAAGACUGAGUGGGAGUUAGGAGUGGUGAGAGAGUCCAUUAACAGGAAAGGAACGAUUAGAGCCAGUCCUGAAGAUGGAUUCUGGUGUGUGUUGCUGAGGAAUGAGAAUGAAUAUAAGGCUCUGGACUCUCCUCCUGUCUCCCUCUCCUUGAAACAGGCUCCUCAGAAGGUGGGGGUGUUUGUGGAUUACGAGGAGGGUCUGAUCUCCUUCUAUGAUGUUGAUGCAAAGUCUGAUAUCUACUCUUUCACUGGUCAGACUUUCACUGAGAAACUUCAUCCAUGUUUUUGCCCCUGCGUUAAUAAAGGAGGAAGAAACUCAACACCACUGAUCAUCAGUCCUGUCAGGCAAAUCUAAUAGUAGUUUUUAUUUUAUCUUAAUGGUUUUGUCAUCUUGCAUGAUAUAGAGUUGGUUCUGAUGCCAAUUCAUUUUUAGAAAUUGAUAUAUUUUUCCAUCCAUUUUCAGUAAAAUUAGUGACAGUUCUCUAUUAUGUGUAAUGUUUAUAAUCUUUUAUACAAAUAAAAAAAAUGUAUGUAUGCAGAUCUGUAUAGAAUUGAAGUAAAAAAUAAUAAUAAAAACACCACAUGCUAAAGGAGUUUGUGACUAAAGUAAUUACAUACA